AACAAAUCUUUGAGCAGUCCAAGCAAGAGCCUCCUGAUCUAGUGGCCAAGACCGCCUCUGACCUCCUGCCAUGUACCCCAACCCUCUCAUCUACUGCACCUGCUGGGACCCCUGGAACUUGGGACCACGGAAGCUAAUCAAGACCCCUCGGCCACCAACCAAGACCUCCAUAGGGAAGCCCAAGCUAACUCCUCUUCCUCCAGCUGCAAAAAAACAAAGUUGUGUUCAACCAACAACAAAACCUGUUGUUGCCCCAAAACUGACAGUCGAUUUAGGAAAACAAGAGGAGAGCAACACAUUACCUAAUGUGAGUAAAAACAGCAAGAGGGCCGGGGGACUAACAUUUAUUGAGUGCCUGCUGUGUGCGGGCAUAGGCUUUUUACACGAAGUGAUAAAUGUGUCACCUGGCUAUCGCCUCAUUCGAAAUAGGGAGCAGAUUUACGUCACCUUGGGAGAUGAAAUGUUUGAUAAGAAAAAGCGGUCGAAAUCAGAGAUCGUGGACAGAAUCAAAAUUUCCAGGACUGAUAUCAUUACUGACCUCGAAGAGCAGAUCUCAGAGCUGACCGUGAUCAUUGAGCAAAUGAACAGAGACCAUCAGUCUGCCCAGAAAUUGCUCUCCGAGGAAAUGGCUCUCCACUGUGCUGAGAUGCAGGAGAACUUCGAAAACAAGAACAGGGAGCUCAAAGAGGCUCACGCAGCAGAGCUCAGUCAGUUGGAGAACAACUACAAAGCAUCAUUGAAGGCAGAGAAGCUGGCUGCCCAAGAAAAACUAGAUGAGAUGGGAAAGGAAUAUAAGUAUUUGAAGAAUAUGUUUCAUAUGUAUCAGGACAGCAUUUAUGAUGAAAUGGAGGACAAGUGGUCGAAGAAGAAGGCAGAAUGGGAAAAGGAGGAGAAGUUGGAGCGGGAAAAGAUCCUGCUACAGCAAAAACAUAAAAUGACAAAAAAGUUUGAGUUAGAGUCAAUAGAAGAAAAGAAGAAAAUAAAUGAUUCCUACAGUGCCGUCUUUGAGAACUUCAUUCGAGAGAAGGAGGAGCUACUGAAACAACAUGAAAAGGAUACCUUACAAUUAGAGGAGCUAAGAAAGACCAAACAGGUCAUGGAGGAAGAGUUGAAUACACAAGCUGUUAUCCUAGAAACACUUAACACAACCCUCUACCAAACCCAGAUGGAACUUCAGAGAGAGAAAGCUACUGUGGGAAAUCUGGAGAAAAUGUUCCAGAUCAAGCUUGCUGAAGCUGAAGAAAAUUUUAAAUAUACCAUACAGCUUCUGACAGAAGAAAACAUUCAUCUAAGGCAAAAAAUAAUUGCCAAGAAUGAAGAAAUUUAUGAAGAACGAUCUGGGAAGUCAACCUCUAUUUAUGAGGAUGAUUCUGACACUUUAGAAGAAUACAGCAAUGAAAAACAAGAAUUGUGAGCAGAAAAGUUGUUCUCCAGUACAAAAGAUGGUAGGAACACCAUCUCUGUAGACUUUGAGAACUCUGGUGAGGUUUACUUGAGAAGUGUGUAUUAUGAGUUUAGUUCCUGGGUUGCCUUGGUUCUACUUUUGUCUUUUCACAAUUUGCUUUCUUCUAAGUGGUUGGGAAUGUUUGAAUUCUCAUCUCAAUUAUACAGAUUUUCAAGACUCUUCAAUGAAAGGUGAUGUUCUCUGUAUCUGGAUCUGAGCUUUCUCUGGGCAUUGUACUAUUUUCUCUUCCACAUUUAUGUAUUUCAUUAUGAAAACACUAAUCUGAAGAACUUCUCCCUAUUAAAUGUUGACUGUACUUUGAAGUUUAGCUUUUGUCCCCCAGGGGCAUUUAGCUAGCAAGAAUGAUAAUUUAUUGAUUCAAUUCCAAAAACCUUUUCUCUUAUGUGUGUCCC